AGGUGAAAAUACCAUUCUGGCCGCCUGGCCACACUAAUCAGCUGAGGUUUAUUUAUCGGAUGUAUUGUCCCAAUUCUCCGUAUCCAUGGCCACUUUGGGCGAAACCCUACGCUCCCAGUGGCUCAUUUCGCUCUUCGGCCUGAUCCUGUUCAUCGCCGGGAGCACCGUCCUCUACUGGAAUGAGGGACGCGCGGUACACAACAUGAUGGCUUUGGACGAGGCGCACGCCGACAUCUACUCUGUCCGGUUCACGGAGGAGGAGCAGGAAAUUGGCAUGGACGGUCGAAUUGUCCACCUCUCCGGCCCCAUCAUUGUGGGCGAACCGCUCACAGAGCCGGACUACAACAUACAGCUGCGCGUGAAGCUGCGCCGAAGGGUCCAGAUGUAUCAGUGGGUCGAGGAGAGGGUCGAGCAUAAUUUCGAGGACAGCGUGGGCGCGACAGUUACGGACUACUACUACACACGGGAGUGGCGGGACAAGAUCGUUGACUCGCGCAACUUCAACAACCGCCACGGACACACGAAUCCCACACAUUUUCCCAUCGAGAGCCAUGUACAGGUGGCUGACGCCGUCUACAUAGGCCGCUACGAGCUGGGAGCGGAGGUAAAGGCCAAGUUCGGCAACUACCAGGAGAUAACCUCAGAUAUCCGGCCGGAGGACAGCACCGUAAAGCUACACCUGGGCAUCUACUACCACACCAACGACGUGUUUAAUCCGGAGGUAGGCGACCUGCGUCUACUCUUCAGCUUCGCCGGCAUGGAGGGCGAGACGUAUAGUGUGGUCGGCAAGCUGAUCGGGAACAGACUGGAGCCAUAUGUCACCUCACGCGGGGUUCCUGUGCUCCUCGUCUAUCCGGGUGGACUUAGCGUUCAGGAGGUAUUCCGGCUGGAGUCGCGCGCCCAGGUGCUGCACACCUGGUGGUGGCGCUUCGUCGGUUGGCUGCUCAUCUUCUUUGGGGUCACGUGCAACACCAAGAUCCUGCGUUUACUCUUUCUCAACGUUCCGUUGCCUAUCUCUUUGGUGCCGGAUCCGAAUUUCCCGGUGACGGGCAAUUUACUCAUCGCCCUUUGGCUGGGCCUCACCAUUGCGGCAGUGGCCUGGAUUCUGCAUCGUCCCGUCAUCGGCGCCUGCCUUUUUCUGGCAGGUGCCUCGCCAUAUGUCUGGUUUACCCGCAACCUGGUCGACUACCAGCGUCUGAAUUGAUGGGCACUCCACAUCUUGAUAAUAUGUACAGGUUUAUUUAUUUUUUGAUUCAGCUUGUUAGACUUUCGCCGCUAUGUCAAGGGCCAUUGCUUGUUCUCCCUUUCGGCCAAUUAAACUUAAUAACACUUAGCUAA